GGGAACCAGUGAUGAUGCAGUAAACAUGGCGAGCUCGGAGUGGGAAGAAGUGAAGCGGCUCGCAGCAGAUUUUCAACGAGUUCAGCUGACUAGCUCUGUACAAAAGUUAUCUGAACGAAACUGUAUUGAGAUCGUCAAUAAGUUGAUCGAGCUGAAACUGAUUGAGGUGAUUUACACAUUGGAUGGAAAGGAGUAUCUUACCCCUGCUCAACUUAGCAAAGAAAUCUUAGAUGAAUUGAUAUACCAUGGAGGACGGAUCAACCUGGUGGAUUUACAACAGAUUCUUGGUGUUGACUUCUCUCACAUUGAAGCCAAAGCUAACGAGCUCGUUAAGCAUGAUCGAUCACUGCACAUGGUACUUGGCCAGCUGGUUACAAGAGACUACACGGACCAACUGUCAGAGGACAUCAAUGACCAGCUACAAGAAGCUGGUCAGGUGACCGUUGCUGAGUUGACUAAGUCACAUGACCUACCUGCAAGCUUCCUUUCAGAGAUGAUUGAAGCUCGUCUAGGCACUGUAAUACAAGGACAGAUGGAUAUCUACGAUCCUGGAGUCAUCUUCACGAAAGCAUUCAUUGAGAGGCAUACAGCACAGAUACGGGGUGCUUUCAGUGCUGUCACAAGACCAACACCAGUCAUCACCAUUCUCAACCAAUUCAAGUUUCCGGAGAAGCUAUUUUUUGGUUGCCUUCAAGAUUUAGUGGACAAGGGACGUCUGAAUGGGUCCAUUGUGGGAGGUCGCCAAGACAAAGCUGUGUACGUUCCUGACCUCUAUGCCAAGACACAGAAUGCUUGGGUGGAUUCAUUCCAUGCACAGAACGGAUACCUUGAAUACGAUGCUCUUGCUAGACUUGGCAUCACAGACGCCAAACUUUACAUCAAGAGACGCUUUAAAUCGGAGAGUCUUUUGUUCUUGUCAUCAUGCUGUGUGGGGAGUCAGCUUCGUGACAGGGUGGACGCCAGCAUUGAUGAGGCUUUGUCUACAGGAACGUGGAUUGACAUUGUGCCUUUGCUUCCAUCUUCCUUUACCAUGGAUGAUAUCCACCAGCUACUGCAGCAAUGCAUGACGGGAAGGGGGAAAUCAGGAGCAAGGAUUCUGUGUAAGACGAUUGUCUGUAGUGAGAAGUUUCUGUCAGAAUGUCGGGGCUUGUUUGAUGAGCUCAUGUCUGAAAAAGCCGAGAAGGAUGCUAAAAGUGCUCCACAGUUGUUGUUACAAGUUGACAAGAAAGCUGUUGCAGCUGUCACCAGAGGAACUGAAGGCAAAAAAGACAAGAAAGAGGAGAGAAGAAACAAAGCAGCAACUGGAGGAGGAAGCAGUGGCAAUAAAGGAGGUGGACAAGGCAUCUCGAGAGAAAUUAAGACCAAGAAAGUGAAGAAGGGACGAGGGAGGGACAUUGAUGAAAAAGAAGAGGAAGACAUCUCAGCGUCCCGUGGGUACCAGUCAGAUGAGCUUCCAUUCAUGUCCAUUGAGGAGAUUGAGGAAGUCCUUAGUAAGUCAUUUACUGAUUGCCCAGAGGAACUUCACUCAGAGUUGGCUGAAGACCUUUACAGACCUCUUCACAGGGCCUACCAGGAUGUUGCCAAGUCUGUCUUUCUCUCAGCAGCUGGUUCUUCAGACAGCUCCAAGCGACGCAAGAACCGAGGUGAGGUACAAGACAAGAUCAACGGACUUGUCAACAACGUCAGACUGUUUGAGAAAGGAGUCAGACAGUUUCUAGGUAGGGAUGAAGAUUUAGAGAACCAGUUGUCCAAAUACUUAAUAAGAACACUGUGCACGGACAUCACCAAUCUGCUUCUCAGUGCUGUAACAAGCGAGAAUUUAAUGUCAGAAGUCAACCCGACAACUCUCAAUGCUGAGACUCGGGCCGGGAUACUGGUGAAACUGAAAGAUGAAUUACGACAACCGCUCACUAAGCUGCACAACAGUUUGAAUGGCAAGGACCUUGGGGAAUUCCUUUCAACUUUAGAGCGGGCAUGUGAAUCCAAUAAAUGUGACAUCAUGCUCAAGAAACUGGACAAGAAGAAAGAAAGACAGCUAGUUUUCAACCAUCGCCAAGCCUUGCGGGAACAACUUCAGAAUGAAACAGACCCAGCCAUGGCAUUACACCUAGCCGUCGUACUUGCAUUCCAGAAUAGUACACAGUGUAUGCUACAUGCACCGGGCAAGCUCGUUCCUCAACUCAUCUCGUUCCUGAACACUCAUCUGACAUCCACCAACUACUCACUGCUGCUGCGAUACCAAGGCCUGGUUCAGAAACACCUGGGUCUGAGCAGAGACCGAGACCAGCAGGAAGGGGGUAAGAGUCCCACAGCUGACAGCAACAAAGAGGAUGAGGCUGUCUCAGAAAUCGCAACACAGCUAGAACAUCUCCUGUCUGAUGUGAAAGAGAUCGCACUGACAAAGAAAAGCACAAGUACUGCUGCUGAAACAUAGGCUUUAUCGAAAUCUGUUGUCUAGAGCUAGGUCUAGAUCUUCACUCCAUUGUGACACGGUCAUAGCCUCUCAACUUUCAACUUGAACAUUUUUGUUGACUCAGGAGUUUUAAUUACUUUAAAAACUCAUGUAUUCUUGAAGAGGAUGCUGCUUAUAAACAGCAUUUUGCUAACAGAGCCCUUAUAAUGGCAAGAAUACCUAAAACAGCAAGCAUAACAAAAGGUGUGCUAAUCUCAGAACAGACUGUACCCGCAAUAUUGACAAGACAAAAGACUUUUCUGUUCACAAACAGGUUCAAGCUUAUCAAGCCUGGGAAGGACAUGUAUGCUUAACAUAAAUUAACUGUGCUUAGGCACAGCUUUACUGGAAAACAUUUUGUAGCUUCAGGAAAUAAACACAAGAUCUAUGAAAUGAUUGGCAUUGAAAAUGUUUGAAUUUCUCGGUUUUAAGUAUUUCAUUGUUACAAGACAUAAUGACGUAAGUCUUAUGUUGAUGAACAAGAAAAGGAAGGCCUUUAUAACUGGUCAGUGAUGAAUGUAAAGCUUUCUUUGGAAUGUGAAAAAAUGAAAUGUUUUUCCUCGGCCUCGUCUCUUUAAAAUGAAGUGAUAGCGUGGUUUAAUUGCUGACUUUGCAGUACAAGUUACAUUUCAUUUCUCCAUACAUUUUGGGAAUGGGAUUGAAAUCAAUUUAAUAUUUCAUUUUUUUCUUCAUUUUCAAAAUCAGGCUGUUAAAGAAUGCGCUCAUUUUUCGAAUUAAAUAAAUUCAGUAAAAUAUUGAACUAAUGAAUGUCUUGUAGGCCUACAAUAUUGUUUUUGUGCCCAUGAAACUUCAAAAGUUGUGAAAAAUAGUGCCUGUCCUGGGCAGACGAUGCAUUAUAAAGACUAGUCUCUAAUUCCUUGACAGUAGGACUGAUGACAUCUUUAAUUAAUUUAUGCUUGUUUAUUUUUGUGUGUCAUUUCGGAAGGGGAAUACAAGAAGUGUUAUUUGAAUUCACAUUGUCAGUGUUUCUCAAACAGUAAAGCCGAUUUUAAGGUAAGGGUUGAUAACCCAAUAUUUAUUGGAUGAUUACAAAAGGGCUGUAUGUUCAUAAGACUGAAUUGAAAUAUUCCUUCCUAUAUGAAAAUGCGCUUAAAAUAAAUCUCCAUAAAAAGGACAGAAA